AUGGUGAGUGGUUGUCUCGGAUGCUCGGAUGCAACCGCUUCCAGCAGUUCCCCUACUCGUGGUUCUCUUCUGCCGUCUCGUCCUCUUUUCUGCCCGUCCAUCUGCUCGGUAUCUUUUACGUCUUCGUCGCGUUCAACUUCCGGCCGUCGCACAAUUCUGACCGAUCCUACCUCAAAUACUGGUCCGUUUCGUUUUCCGUGUUUCCGUCCAAUCAGUCACCCGUUCAGGUAUCACUGCAAUUGUCUCUUCCAGCUGAGUCUCGCCCUUCUCAUGCUUCCGGAGAUCCUGAUCAGUCUGUUCAGUGGAUGGCACUAUUCCGUCUGUCAUUCCGGUGCCCUUUACACAGGUAUCUUCCCUUCUUCUCGCGUUCUCUUUUGUCCUUCUCUAUCUUCUUCUUCAGGCGCUUUCUCCGGAAGUGUCGUCUUCCUCUGGACGUUCACCAAAGUGUCGGAUCUGUUCGAAACGAUGCUCCUCCUGUUCGACGGCCGCCGUCCGCUCACCCUUCACAUCGUCCAUCACUUCCUUUCUCUCUCCUACGCAUUCACCUAUUACUCUCUGAACUUUGCCAUUCACAGGUGCCCUUCCCUCCUCUUUCUCUUCAUUUUUCAUUUCCUUUUCUUCCAGAUGGAUCGUUUUCUUCAACCUGUCAGCCCAUGUCAUUCUCUAUGCUUAUUUGUCCGGCUUCAAGAUCCUUCAGAGAUGGACUCCGUGCUGGGUGGCCGUGUGCUCUUCCCAAAUGCUCCAACUUAUUCUCCCGCUCAUCGUCUCUCUUUCGGUGGCCGCCAAAAUGGCGCGUGGAUCACAGUGUGAUGCGAAUGCGCUUGGAAUAUUCGCUAUCCAAAUCGGUCUCUCCGCUCUCAUCAUAAUUUUCGCCGACUUUUAUUGGUCACGUCUCCUGGAGUUCCGUCGGAAGAAUCUGAGAAAGAAUCAAGAAGAUCAAGAUGAAGGAUCGAAGAGUCCGGAAGUGGAAUUGCCGAAACAAAGAGAGAGGUGAGAGCAUCAUGAGUUAAGGAAUAUGUUACUUUUUUUUCAGAAGGAGACCAACCGACGAGACCGUAAUCUUCGAGAACGACUUCCCCGACUUGCGUUCCGUCAUUUUCUCCCCAUAA